GCGCGCAGACUCGCACCGCGGCGCCUGAGACGAUUUGAUCGACUCGGAAGACAUUCGCGCGGGCGACGUGCUCGGCUCGACGUGCACCUGCGAGUCUCUAGCGUACGCCCACCAUGCCGCGGCCAAUCAUUUGGCUCACGAUGGUCACGCCCAUCCUCGCUCUCUUCCUCGUCUUCCCGCCGCCAAUCCAUCUCCUCAAGUCCGCCGCACAGCACCCCGUCUUCUGGUCGUUCAGCAAGCACGUAGACCUUACGACCCCUGCAGGCCAUGGCAAGGACGCGCUGCACGGCGGAGGACACGAAGCGCGGCCGUACACAAGGCGCAUCGUCGCUGUGGGCGACCUCCACGGCGACAUGCCAAACGCGCAGAAGGUACUACAGAUGGCAGGAGUGGUUGACGAGCACGGUGACUGGUCGGGCGAGGUAGACUUCUUUGUGCAGACGGGGGAUAUCAUCGACCGUGGUGAUGACACCAUCAAGUUGUACCUCUGGAUGGACAAGCUCCGUGAGCAGGCCCAUGCAGCAGGAGGCACUGUCCUCUCGCACCUGGGAAACCAUGAGUGGAUGAAUGCUAUUGGUGACUGGAGGUAUGUGCGCCCCUCCGAGAUCACCACCUUCGGGGGCGUCGCCGCGCGCCAACGCAUGCUCUCCACGGGUCGCAUCGGCAAGUCCUGGACAGCGAACUACACCGUCACGUCCCGCCUACCUCUGCACCCGUCCCUCGGGCCGCCCAACACCGACUACGACCCCACGACUCACAACGCGCUCUCCCACGCCGCGCUGUCCUUCGUGCACGGCGGGCUCUCGCCGACCUACCAUGACCUGACCCCGUUCCCAUCGCGCAUCAACGAGCUCGGCGCGGGUCUUAUGCGGAAGAUCCACUCGCACCCGCCUCCACCGCCCUCCCCGCCGCAUCCGUACACGGGCCUCCCGCCUGACGCGACGGAGGCGGAGAGGGAGCUGUAUGGUGGCAAUGGGCCGCUAUGGUAUCGCGGCUGGGCACUGGACUCGGAGCACAAGGUGUGCAGCCAAGUGGAUGAUGUGCUCAAGAGAACGGGGACGCGGAGGAUGGUCAUGGGCCAUACGCCGGACUUCGAGCACAUCGCGUCGAGAUGUGACGGCAAGAUCAUCAUCAUCGACACAGGCAUAUCCCAUGCAUAUGGCGGAGUGCUCUCUGCUCUCUCCAUCGAGUACACGCUCACUCCGGGGUCGAGCUCACACUCAGAUACUCAAUGGUAUGAGCGCGAGGUGGUGACGGCGAUAUAUCCUGGUCGACACGAAGUACUCGCCAACGAAGAGCGAGUCAUCCAGGGGAAGUUCCAUGUGUCGUGAGCCCUGCUGUACCGUCUUUCCUGUGUCCGCUAUUUAUCGCAUGACGGUUAACUUAUAAUCUGGUGGAAUGGACUACAGGAUCAUGGCUGUCGUCUGGAUUAUUGUUUCAGCAUUGUCGUAGACUACCGCGCAGCUAUCGUGUAUAUUACACCGAGGUCUGAAGGAGAUUCAGACCGAUUCUGCAGUCAUUGUACUCCAACGGAUUGCCUAUA